GAGGGGGGCGGGUGGUUGGAUCCCCACCCCCCCAACCACCACCACCACCACCACCAUCCAUGGCUGACAGCGCGGGGAUCCAGCAAGGCUCGCCGGCCAUCGGCGCCGUGGGCUCGGCUCCGGCCGCUCCGGGCCCCGGGGGCGCGGAGGGCUCCGGCGCCGCUGGAGGCUCCGCGCGGAUCUCCGUGAAGAAGGCGCAGCUCCGCUCGUCGCCUCGGCCCAAGAAGCUGGAGAAGCUCGGCGUGUAUUCAUCCUGCAAGGCGGAAGGAGCGUGCAAAUGCAACGGCUGGAAGAGUCAGAACCCGCCUCCCACGCCGCCGCGCAGCGAGCAGCCGCCCAUCACCGCCAACCUCCAGGAGCCCUGUCGGAGCUGCUCGCACAGUCUGGGCGAUCACGUGACCCACCUGGAGCACGUCCCCGAGGACGAGAUCAACCGACUGCUGGGCAUCGUGCUGGAUGUGGAGUACCUGAACACGUGCGUGCACAAGGAGGAGGACGCCGACACCAAGCAGGUCUACUUCUCGCUCUUUAAGCUGCUGAGGAAAUCCAUCCUCCAGAUGGGCAAGCCCACGCUUGAAGCCCAGGAGAGUCCGCCUUUUGAACGACCCAGCAUCGAGCAGGGUGUCAACAAUUUUGUUCAGUACAAAUUCAGCCACCUGCCGUCCAAAGAGCGUCAAACCAUCGUGGAGUUAGCCAAGAUGUUCCUCAACCAGAUCAACUACUGGCAGCUGGAGACUCCCUCUCAGAGACGCCAGAGGCUUCCCAAUGACGACACGGCGGGAUACAAGGCCAACUACACCAGGUGGCUAUGCUACUGCAAUGUGCCGCAGUUCUGCGACAGCCUGCCGCGCUACGAGACCACGCAGAUCUUCGGCCGCACGCUGCUGCGCUCCGUGUUCACCGUCAUGAGGAAGCAGCUGCUGGAGCAGGCCAGGCAGGAGAAGGACAAGCUACCACCCGAGAAGAGGACACUCAUCCUCACCCACUUUCCCAAGUUCUUGUCCAUGCUGGAGGAGGAGGUGUACAGCCACAGCUCCCCCAUCUGGAACCAAGACUUCUUGGCAGGAGUUUCGGGGGGCCAGGUUCCUGUGCAUACAGUUAUCAGUGCACCCCCGGUGGCCAGGCCCCUGUACUACAGCAUCAGCCCGGCGUCGUCUGUGGAGCUCUCUAGCGGCGGCGUCAGUCCUGCCAGGAAAACAUCUUCGGUGCUUGAGCCAAGUCCAGUUGGCGAGAAGCGCAAACCCUCUGAGCCCCUCCCCCAAGAGGAGAGCAAGAAGCCCAGGGUGGUUGGCGACAUCCCGAUGGACCUCAUCAAUGAGGUCAUGGCGACCAUCGCAGACCCGGCCGCCAUCCCAGAGAACAGCCUCCUCUCGGCCCACUCGGCUCGGGAUGAAGCGGCCCGCCUGGAGGAGCGGCGGGGCGUGAUCGAGUUCCACGUCAUCGGCAACUCCCUGAACCAGAAGCCCAACAAGAGGAUCCUCAUGUGGCUGGUGGGCCUCCAGAACGUCUUCUCCCACCAGCUUCCUCGCAUGCCCAAGGAGUACAUCACCAGGCUCGUCUUCGACCCGAAACACAAGACGUUGUCGCUGAUCAAGGACGGCCGUGUGAUCGGAGGGAUCUGCUUCCGCAUGUUUCCCUCGCAGGGCUUCACGGAAAUCGUCUUCUGCGCCGUCACGUCCAACGAGCAGGUUAAGGGCUACGGUACUCACCUGAUGAACCACCUGAAGGAGUACCACAUCAAGCACGAAAUCCUCAACUUUCUCACCUACGCCGACGAGUACGCCAUCGGGUACUUCAAGAAACAGGGUUUCUCCAAGGACAUCAAGGUCCCUAAGGCCAAGUACAUGGGCUACAUCAAGGACUACGAGGGCGCCACGCUCAUGGGAUGCGAGCUCAAUCCCAGCAUUCCCUACACGGAGUUCUCGGUCAUCAUCAAGAAGCAGAAGGAGAUCAUCAAGAAACUAAUCGAGAGGAAACAGGCGCAGAUCAGAAAAGUCUAUCCAGGACUUUCCUGCUUCAAGGAGGGAGUGCGCCAGAUUCCCAUAGAGAACAUUCCUGGCAUUCGUGAAACUGGAUGGAAGCCACUGAGUAAAGGGAAGGAGGUGAAGGACCCAGACCAGCUGUACAGCACACUGAAGACCAUCCUGCAGCAUGUGAAGAGUCACCAAAACGCUUGGCCCUUCAUGGAACCCGUGAAGAAAACCGAGGCGCCAGGCUACUACCAAGUCAUCCGCUUCCCCAUGGACUUGAAGACGAUGAGCGAGCGUCUGAAGAGCAGGUACUAUACCACGCGCAAGCUGUUCAUGGCCGACAUGCAGCGCAUCUUCACCAACUGUCGCGAGUACAAUCCCCCGGAGAGCGAGUACUACAAGUGCGCCAACCUACUGGAGAAGUUCUUCUACACUAAGAUCAAAGAAGCGGGCCUGAUGGAGAAGUAACGGCGCCAAAGCAGCCAGACGAGCGUGAAUGAAUGAAUGAGGAGUUCAUCCUGCCAAACCAGGAAGACGAGCUUGAGAUUUGUACAUUGGGGUCAUUUGAAAGAACGUCUACACCCCACUACAGUAUAUAUUUGGAAUAUGUAUAGAACUUAUUUUUCUUUCGGCGCUGAUGUUGAAUUGGCUUAGAGCAGUGUGACUAUCAAAAAGCACUUUCGUUUCUUUUCUCUCCAGUUUGCCUGCUGUCCACUUAGGACUUCAAUGUUUAUUUAUGUGCUCUAAUUCUUUCAAGUCUUAAUUUAUUCCUUCCUACGUUCGUCCUGCAGAUAGAGAUUGACAACUUUAUACUUUGAGAUUGUGCAAUACUGUGUGCUUUUUUUCGGUUUUGUAAAGAAAAGAAGAAAAAAACAUUUUGUAUGAGACGCCUGGACUUUGAUGCUCUUUGUACAUUGGUUCUAACGACGCAGGAGUAGUCGCUUUUAUAGACGGAAUAAAAACAACUCAUUACUUCUUUCUA